AUGAACAAAUGCGGAAUACAUUCUAUAGUGCAUGUCACUGCACCGACAAUUGAAUUAGCAAAAAGUUUGGCUCGUGGUCUUAUAACGAAGGAUCUUGCAGCUUGUGUAAACUUGAUUCCGAAUGUUACAUCAAUUUAUAAAUGGAAGAGUGAAGUAAACGAAGACUCUGAAAUACUGAUGGUUAUUAAAACACGAACUUCAAGAAUAGGAGAUUUGAUUACUUAUGUAGAGUCUCAACACCCAUAUGAUGUCUGCGAAGUAAUUUCUACUAAAAUAGAAAAUGGUAACAAUUCUUACAUGAAAUAUAUAUCAGAAUGUGUACCAGAAGCUUCUGAAAAUUAG